UAAUUCUAUAAUUUUAUUGCGAUUUUCUAAUUUCAUCAUCCACCCACAGUUUCAUCAAUUAUAAUAUAUUCCUGAGAUUCACCCCAUUUCACAAAUAAAUUAAUGAUUUCAAACAUCCAACUUGCAAAGAAGGCAAGCAAAAUGCAAAUGACUUGUACACGUUGACGCCAUGGUAUGCAAAGUUGCACAUAUUGCGUGUCAUUUUGUAGCUCCUUUCCUGACUUGGGGAAAAAAUCAAGAAUUUUGCCUUCUUUUCUGCUCGAAUUCGCCACUUUGUUUUCUUGAAAAUGCCACUUUUUUACUUUCUAAUUUAUUUUAUUUUAUUGGUCUAUGAUCUUCACUGUAGCGCUCGAAUUCGCCACUGUUGUAACUGACGGUGCGAGCAUGAAAGAUUAGGGCUUUUUUCUGCUCCGUGGAUUAUCCUACUCAUUGUUACAGAGCAUGAAAGAUCCUAUUAACUAGCCUUGCCUUUCUUUCUUUCUUUCUUUGCAAAAUCAGAAAGCUUUUACACCCUUUUUCGCCAGGACUGAAUGUUUCUGGGGUUUCAAUUCGUAUUUAGACUGGACAUGACAACUGUCCACCUGCUUCAUCACUGAGCGUAUAAAAUUCAUUGUAGUUGAAUAAGAUUUUAGGAAUAAAUAAUUUCUGGAGUCUAAGUAUUCCUCUUUUUGGUGUCCGUGAAUAAUAUCUACAUAUGGAUGGAAUAAGAGAUCUCGAUCAUGGGACUUCACUGAUUUUAGCCAAUGAGGUGAAUUUGGAAGAAGAUAAAGAUGACUUUAGAAGCUGUUGUGGAGAUGUAGAGUUGGAGUUCGAGCUGAUUUUAGCUGAAGAUGGUGAUGGUGAACUGGAAGAGGGAAGUGAAAUAUCUGAUAAAGAUUCCAGUGAAGGUGAGGAAUCAGCAGAUGAGCUACUGGUGGGUGGAGAACGUGAUGAAGAGGCAGAUAAGGGAAAGGUAUGUGAAACCUCUGAGACAGAUAUUGAAGAACACUCUGAGAGGGACUUGAAGGAGAAGCAGGAAUUAAUGAAGCUGGCUGUAGAGGAAGAAGGUGAAGAAGUGAAGGAGAAUAAGGAGUUGAAGAGUGAAAACCAUGAGAUUGUUCUUGAUGAACAUGCAGUUAAAUUGUACUUCAAAGGAACUUCUGUAAUUAACCCUGGAGACUCUGGGUUAUCUGGGAUCGGAGUGGUUAUGGAGAGUACAAGCACUACUCCCAUGGAAGUGCAGAAAAAGCUUGAAUUCUUUGUAGAGCAGUUGGCUGCAGAUUAUCUAGCCUUAAUUGAUGGGCUUGCACAGGCUGCUCGUAAUAAAAUUAGGCGAGUACAUGCUAUUACUGACUCUGAAAUUUUUUACAAUCAGAUUAUGGAUAAAAAGGAUAUUGAGAACCCACUUCUCAUGGCAAUGAGGCAAAGGGUAUUAGAAUAUGCCAAUGACUUGGAACUAUUUGCUAUAAAAGUUGUUGCUGAGAGUAGUAGUAAUCUUGCAAGAGCAUUGGAGCUUGCUCAAGUAGCAAUAGGGGUUGUCUCCCCAUGUUUGAAGGGACACGAAUCAACAGAAGUCUGUUCUAUAUGCUGUGAGGAUAAGCUUGGAUUGAUGAUGAUGACCUUGAAAUGCUCCCACAAAUUCUGUUCCCACUGCCUGAAGGCUUAUGUGGAGGGCAAAGUAGAAUCCACACAAGUUCCUAUUAGGUGCCCUCAGCUGAGCUGCAAGUAUUACGUGUCUUCUGCAGAAUGUAAAUAUUUUUUGCCUGUUUCUUCCUAUUUAUCUUUAGAGACAAUGCUUGUGGAAGCUAAUGCUCUUGAUGCAGACAAAGUUUACUGCCCGUAUCCUAAUUGUUCAGUUCUUCUUGACCCUCAUAAAUGCUUUUCAAUGAGAGCUAGCUCACCCGACGAUAGCAGUUGUGUGGAGUGCACAGCCUGUCAGAGGUUUCUUUGUGUGGAUUGCAGGGUCCCGUGGCACCCUUCAAUGACUUGCGAAGAGUACCAAAGUAUCACGCCUGAGGAAAGGGAUAUUGAGGGUAUCACUUUGCACCGUCCGGCACAAAAUCCAAGGUGUGGGCACGAGUUCUGUUUUUCAUGUGGGGCGGAGUACAGGGAUGGGCGGCAGAGUUGUGAAUGUGCAUUGUGGGCCGAAGAUUAUAGUUACAGUGACAAUUAUAGUUAUAAUUAUAAUUAUAACAACAAUUCACGGGAGUUGGCGCAACAGUUUGGUGAGCACUGGGCGUGGGACUCUUUCGAGUCCCUCCCCAUGAUCAUGGACGCGUAUACAGAUGAAGAGAGAUCCCAGCUUGAACUGAUCCAGAGGUUUCUUGCAGGAGGCUUCAGUCUGACCACCACCGAUCACCAAUCCCCCACUCCUCCACCACACUCUUACACUGACCCCAUGAAGGAUCUUCAUCAGCUUCCCUGGCUGGAGCGGUUCGUCUCUCUCAUCAAUGACAACAAUUACUAUGAAGACAUAUUCCAAUGAUGACAAAACCUCCAGAAUGAAUAUAAAAUAAAAUUUCCCUUCGGAUUAAGUAUUUCAUAAUGUAAGUGGUUUGGUGGCAUGUCUGGAGAUACAGAGUAUCUCACUCUGGAGAUUCUCCGUUUGUAGAUUAUAUUUAUCAUGUCAAUUUCCUUUUUUUAGACUUUUUAUUACCCUAAACAUAGGGAAAAUAUGUGCACUCCCUUUUAUUGGAAGAAAGGUAAGUGAGAUCAUACAUACCGAUAACAGAACAUGUAUCAUGAACUAAAGAGCUCCCAUGAAACUACUUUAGAUGGUUCUUUUUUUGUCCUAGACAGAUAGAUGAUUGAGGUUUUUCAACUAUUA